CGUCGCCAUUGCAUCUUAGCAUCCGACGCCUGUCCUCUUGUCACCCACCGUCCCGCAUGUACCUAGGUAAAAGCCGUGGCCGCGCGCGCACGAUUCCCUGACGUAUUCUCCCACCUGCGCAACUACGAAUGUUAGGUACCCGGCAUAGGUGCGAAUGUGUUUUGCCUGUCUCCGGGCAGCCAGUAUGUGUAUUUUAGGUGCUCACUUGUAUGCGUAUCAACCUGCCUACCUAACCUAGGUACCUAAAGGAGGUAGGAAUCCCUCGCGCCUCUCCUUUGCCCACUAAACCUACUUCUACGUAGAGCGACGCACUCAUUUGAGGCUCAGACGUGACGUCGAACGGCCAAGCUGCGGUACACGUGUAAAUGGAUUGGAAUUGGUUGCAUCUGAACGAGAGCACUUCAGCAACCAGCAAAAUGCAGAUCGCCGGUACCAGGAGCAGCACUGCGCGAUGCAUAGUACCUACGUACAACGACGCGCCGGCGAUCCUGCAUGUGCAGCCUCUUGUUCCUCUGUUUCGCUCCCGCUCAUCUCACAGCUCUGGCUGAGAGAUAUGGACAUUGCCGCCAAAUCCAAGCAACAGAACACGGUCCACCGUCCUCGGUCAUCAUUGGCCGAUUCCCCGUCCCCUGGCCGACUCUGACGACUCCCGACGAUUUGGUGGUGGGAUGCCGAGAAGAGAGCACGCGGACCAGGCCUGCGAAACGGAGGAGAAGAAGAAGCUUCUUGGCUUUCCCAUCCUCGCCCGCUCUCCCUCUUCUAUAAGGUUAAUGAUAUACUUAUCGUCGC